GUUUAAAGUCCACCGCAAAAGCACACUCAAAAUACCUUCGGUCUUGUUAUCACGAUCCCACUAACUCUGCUUCUGCUCCUGGAGAUUUCCUGGGACCAAUUUCAUUUUGUUCAACUUCAACAUGAAGCUGUUCGCCGGGGCACUGAUCCUGUGCUUAUCUCUGAGUCAAGGGAAAUGCACUGAAGAAAUCCUUCAGGAUACUGCCAUCCCUCCUUCUCCAUUGCCGGAGGACGGCUCCUACUCCGACUGGGGGAUUGGGACCAUCCGGGAUGGCAUUGACGCUGUUAAUGGCUAUUUUGACUUUGUCUCAGAGCUGUUAGGAGGGAAGAAUGGAGUCUGUCAAUACAAGUGCAGAUACGGUAAAGCACCAUUGCCUAGACCGAAUUACAAAUCUCCAGAACCCAAUGGCUGUAGCUCCUAUUUCCUGGGUCUCAAGGUACCAGAAAGUCUUGACAUGGGCAUCCCAGCCAUGACGAAAUGCUGUAACCAGGUGGAUGCAUGUUAUGAUACCUGCGGGUCUAACAAAUAUCGCUGCGAUGCCAAGUUUCGUUGGUGCAUGCAGUCCAUCUGCUCUGACCUUAAACGGAGCCUUGGUUUUGUCUCCAAGGUAGAAGCGUGUGAAUCCAUAGCCGAUACAAUAUUCCAGACAGUCAGGACUCUGGGGUGCCGUCCGUUCAUGAACAGCCAAAGAAGUGCCUGCAUCUGUAAUGAAGAAGAACGAGAUGAAUUGUGAAAAUGACCAUCAAGCUGUUUGGUAGUGUCACCACGGUGGCUUCUGAUGUCCUUUGUUUACAAGAAGCUUGCUCUUCUAUCUUCUGGAACAAGCACAAGUAUCUUAACUUUGGGGCUUGGGAAUCAAUCCCAGGUCUUGUGACCACCCAUGCAUUAAUUGUCAAGUCAGCAUGAUUGAGAAAGGAACCCCAAAAGCAAUGGAAAGACUUAGUCUGAUACCCUCAUCUGUUCUAUCUAAUGACGUCUAUCUACUUCCCAGAGCAUCUGCUAGACCUAGAGAUGAUUCGUCCUGUAAGAAGAGCAGCUGAGAUGCAUGUGAUCAAUUCAAGCAUCCAAGAAGAUCUAGAGAGGCUGCAAGAUGAUAUUGACAAGAUACACCUUUGCAGCCCUCGUGUAUAUGAUAAGCCCAAAACUUUCCUCACAUGCUGUCACUUUUGCUUUUCGAGUGAUACAAAGUCAUGGAAACUUCACACUGCUGUAAAAAAAAAAGAAAAGAAGAAGAAGCCCGUCAAUAUUGACUGGGUUAACCCAUUGCAGAACUUGGUUUGAGUUGUGGGCACCUGCUUGAAGACGAACGAGAGAAGAACACCAAGAUCGGAGUAUGAAGUCAUUUGCGUAAUGCUCAUUUUAUUUUGACCAGAUCAUCGUUCCAUUAAAAGAGUAAAAAAUA